AUGGACAAAAGCAAUUAUUUUCAAGAAUAUCAAACUCAAUACUCAUACCAAGAAAAUUUCUACAAUCAAAUUUCCCCGUAUAAUAAUAAUAAUAACACACAAAAUUGCUUCUAUGAAAAUCUUCAUAUUGAUCCUCAAUUGCUACAAUUAAACGCGACUAACUCUUAUUCUGCUGGACAGAAUUACUCUCCUCAACCAUAUUAUAAUAUGACAUCUAUUAGCAAGACUGAUAAUUUUUCGGAAACAACGUGUGCUGAUUGUUUAAUCACUUACGCUCCAACAUGGAGAAUUCGUCAAGAUGGGAAAAAAGUGUGUAACGCAUGCGGAUUGUACCGAAGAAAGUAUGGUAGCAAACGACCACUUGAGGUGACCAGAGAAGGCAAAGUAAGAAUCAAGCGAAGGAAUAUCUCUGCGAAUCAACCAAAGGUUUGUGCAAAUUGCGGGACCAAUGAAUCUACUUGUUGGAGAAGAGUUGGUGGAGAAAGGCAUUGCAACGCUUGUGGUUUAUUUGCGAAAAUCAAUGGACAACCAAGGCGCGUCAAGAAAUUUUUCCGAUAA